AACAUGGAGAGUGUGAAAAGACUGACCUCAGACUGGAGAUAUCCCACCACUUUGCUGUGUGUCUAUGGAUUCUUUAGCACAGUGAAGCCACUGGAACCUUUCCUCAUACCGUUCCUGACAGGACCAGACAAGAAUCUGACCACUGAACAGGUCAACAAUCAGAUUUUUCCUGUGUGGACUUACUCCUACCUGUCCGUGCUGGUGCCGGUCUUCCUGCUCACGGAUUGGCUGCGUUACAAACCUGUGGUGGUCUUCCAGUGUGUGAUGCUCUUUACCACCACUGCUCUGCUUAGGUGGACAGAAAGCGUGCCGGCCAUGCAGGCCAUGCAGUUCUGCUACGGGGUGGUCACAGCCAGCGAGGUGGCCUAUUUCUCCUAUAUCUACAGUGUUGUAGAUCUAAAAAGAUACCGUAAGGCCACGUCUUACAGCCGCAGCAUCCAGCUCCUCGGAUACACCGUGGGCUCGGUGGUGGGUCAGCUGCUCGUCAGCUUCAACCUCAUAUCCUACAACAACAUCCUCGUGUUCACUUUGGUACUCACAGCCAUCGCGCUCGUUGCCUCCUGCUUGCUGCCCAUGCCACAGAGAAGCAUGUUCUUCCACAGAAAACACGCUGGACAGAGAGCAUCAGAGGAAGACGCAAAGAGGCACAGAGGUGGAUCUGAGGAUGAAGAACACGACUCAGAAAUAUCAAAUACAUCCCUGGGAGACAAAGGAGAUAAGAAGGAGCAGGGGGUUAAGGAGAAUGAGGAUUCGGAGGCGAUAAAAGGGCCAGCGUCCUGCAGCCAGGUUGUUCUGGAGCUAUGGAGAGAUUUCCGCCAGUGUUAUUCCUCCAGACAGCUGUUGUACUGGUCAGUGUGGUGGGCGAUGGCCACAUGUGGCUAUAACCAGACUGUCAACUAUGUACAGGUGCUGUGGGAGCAUGUGCAGCCCUCUCAGAACUUCAGCAUUUACAAUGGGGGUGUGGAGGCAGCGUCAAACUUGUUAGGUGCAGCAACUGCCUAUGGCAUAGGCUUCACAGAGGUGAGGUGGGAGCAGUGGGGGGAGCUGGCUUUGGGUGGCUUCUCAGGACUGGGAGCUGCUGCAUUAUUUCUCAUGACUUUCACUGGAAACAUCUGGGUCUGCUACACUACCUACACCAUCUUCAAGUGCCUGUACAUGCUGCUGAUAACAAUAGCCAUGUAUCAAAUUGCAGCCGACCUGUCGAUGGAAAGGUACGCUCUGGUGUUUGGGGCCAACAACUUCGGAGCUCUGCUUCUGCAGACAAUCAUCACUUCUGUUGUGGUUGACAGUGGAGCAUUAGGCCUUCCUAUCAUUCCUCAGUUCAUCAUUUAUGCCAGCUACUUCUCAGCCAUCUCUGUGGUGUUUUUGCUUCGGGGAAUAUUUAGCGUCUGUAAAGCACAGAGAAUAAAAAAGGAACAAUCAUCUUUAAAUGGAAAGCAAUCUGAAAUCUGCGAGGAACAUAAAUUCUGAUAUUGUAAAUUGAGACUUGAUUUUUUUUUUUUUUUUAACCCUGUGGCCCCAAAUUAUGGAAUAAAACACCCUUUUUCUUUUUACUAAAAAAAAUCAUACAAUUUUACGUGCAAUCUUGGAGCAACUUACAUUCCAUAAACACAUUAACACAAAGUACAUUUCAGUAACUCAAUUUAAAAAGGGACAUUUAGGCUUACAGACCAUGAAAAUGCUAAAUUUCAGAGACAGAACCAAAGAGCACUGAACUGUUGCUCAUUGACCCAAAGUUUAAGUUUUAGAGAAAAGCAAAAAAUUUCAAUUUGUCUAAAAGUCAAGGUCUUAGGAUCUGGAUGAAGAAUGAAGUUGCAAACAAUCCAGGUGGGCAGAGGUCCAGUGUGAAGUCUCCACGGUAAUUAAAUGUGGAGACAUUUUCAGCAGAACUUAGCACCUGCCC